AUGCAUAAGCUAUUAGUGAAUUCAGAUUGUGAAAGUGAAUGUGUGAAGAAUGUUGAUGCUAAAGAUGAAAUAAUACUAUCGAGCACUCGCUUUGUUGAUAAACAAAUUCCUUAUACGUUUUUAAGGCCGUGGCUUCGUGAAGGACUUCUUGUAAGUAACGGUAAUAAAUGGCAUCAACGUCGAAAAAUGUUGACACAAGCUUUUCACUUUAAUAUCUUGAAGAAAUACUUCCGUACGUUUACUGAACAAACGGAGAAGUUGAUGGCCCAAGUGGAUAUUGAAACUAAUAAAAUAUGUGAUGUACAGCCAUUGAUAACGAAUGCAACUCUCAACAUUAUGUGUGAGACAGCCAUGGGUGGAGCUAAUAAAGAACACAUGCAAUCUAUCUGCGACAAGUAUUUGAAAGCAAUUAAUGAAAUAGGUAAAUUCGUUGUCCAUAGAUUGUGUAGAGUUUGGCUGUACGUAGAUAUAUUAUUUAAUCAUUCUAAAAUUGGGAGAAUUCAAAAAAAGGCAAUAAGUGACCUUCAUGAUUUUACAAUGAAUGUAAUUCGAGACCGCAAAAAGCAUUUUAACUCAAAGAAUAUUAUGAUAGAUACAGAUAAUGACGAUGUUUAUGGUAGGAGAGGUCGACUUGCAAUGCUAGAUUUACUUCUAGAAAAUGAAAAAGAUGGUGUCAUAGACUUAGAAGGUAUUAGAGAAGAAGUGGACACUUUUAUGUUUGAGGGUCAUGACACAACAGCAAGUGCACUAUCUUUUAUGAUAAUGAGAAUAGCAAAUGAAACAAGUAUACAGAAUUUCAUUUAUGAAGAACUACAAAAUAUAUUUGGUGAAUCGGAUAGAGUGGCAACAAUCGAAGACCUUAAUAAUAUGAAAUACUUGGAAUGCUGCAUCAAGGAGUCACUAAGACUAUAUCCAAGUGUGCCUUUUAUAUCUAGAUAUUUAGCUGAAGAAGUACAACUCGGUAAGUAUAAAAUCCCAGCAGACACACUCUGUCAGAUUCAUUUGUACGACAUGCAUCACGACGAGCAUCUGUACCCUGACCCGGAGACGUUUAUUCCCGAGCGAUUUCUGCCUGAGAACGCAAACAAACGUCACCCCUACGCUUACAUUCCCUUUAGCGCUGGACCAAGAAAUUGUAUAGGCCAGAAGUUUGCCAUGUUGGAAAUGAAAACAGUGAUGUCGAGUCUGCUCAGACGUUUCCAUAUCGAGCCUGUAACUAAGCAUGAAGAUGUUCAGUUCACAUGUGACCUCAUACUACGUUCCACGCAUCCUUUAUACGUGCGUUUUUGUAAGAGAUAAAUGUAUGUAGAAAUAUUUGUUAUUAUGCAGUUAUUGUGUUAGAAAACAGUUUUACUUCUUCAAUUAAUCAGUGUGAAAUAUA